UCCACAUUAAUAAAGUAACUGAGUACUUUUACUCUUGUACUCGUCUCCACCAUUGAUAAAGUAACUGAGUACUUUUACUCUAGUACUGGAUUCCAGCAUUAAUAAAGUAACUGAGUACUUUCAUUCUAGUACUGGAUUCCAGCAUUAAUAAAGUAACUGAGUACAUUCACUCUACUACUGCCGUAACCAUGGUUACAAAACCCACACGCACGGAGGAGGAGGGAGGAGCUUAUAGUGACAGCAUCAUAUAGGGAGGAGGGGCUAAUUAACAGCAGGUGUGUACCUGCUCAUCAUGUUUGCUGCAGUACUUAAGGAGGGAGACUUUCAUUAACACAACAGCUGUGUACCUGCUGACAUCAUAAUGGAACACUAAGUCACUCACACCGCCAAAUCAUUAUGACCACCUUAGACAUGGACAGAGAAGGAGAAGGAGGCCAAAUCUCACUCCACAGACACUCCACUGUAGCGAAUGACCACCUGCUCCUUCCACACACACAACUGAGCAGCCAACACUGACCCCACAUUCAAACAUGUCUGCCAAAACAUUAUGACCACUGAAGCCAUUACAGCAGUACAGUGGGGCGGGGACCGUUUUUAACGAGACACUAGUGGCCCAACUGCAAUUCUGGUCUGUCUACCAACACAAUGGUGGGUCUCAGACAACCUGCCAAAACAUUAUGUCCAAGGUGGCCGUUACCAGUACGCGGCACAAGCAGCAAUGCCUUCAGCUACUGUUGAUCAGGAGAGGGAGGGCGGGGACACUCCACCCUUCAUUCUGCAGCUGAUGAAGAUAAUAGAGAAUAUGUUCUGCACAACUUAGGGUCUGAUUUAACACUUUAAUUCAGGGUUUCAUGCAAAAACUAUUUAGUUCAUAUCAAUGAGUGUAAUAAAUUAAAUCUCUCUUCAUCUCUUCUUUGUUUUUCCAGUUAAUGAAGCAGAUCAACCAAGAAGAGGAACAACAAGAGAAAUGUCAAAAUGUCAAAGAGCAGCUGGAAACCAACAACACAGAGAACAGCAGCAGCUCAGACAGUCUGGAGACGUCAGGAGACAUCGAUGUGUUGGUUAAUGACGACUACAAGUUUAUCUGUCUGAGAAACACGUCUGAUCAGGACAAACCACUGGGAGGACGUCAGUUAAAAGUCCAGAUCAACAAUAGUGAACCCAUCACAUACACAUUUGAUCCAUCAGUGGAACUCAAGGCUGGAGACAAAGUUACUUUAUGUCAUCCAGACUGUGGCAAGGGUAUUAUUGUACUUGGCCCUGGUUACCUGGUGUGGGAGGACCUGAAGCCCUGGAAGACUGGAGACAGAGUCCAGGUCUCUCUGCAGUGAAAUAGUUCCCAGUUGAACUCCUUCAAUAAAGUUCAGUAAUCCAGCAAACAGCAACACGACUCAGAUCUUCCUGCAGAAACCACACACUGCAGAGAAAGUCUCUGGAAACACUUGGCUCCAUUUUAUUGGAUUAGUCAAGUUUGAUGUGAACGUUGGUUUGUUUAAAGACUUUUACAGGAUGACGUCAGUGUUUUAGAUUCUAUGUAACAAGUCUCCUUGUUUCCUUCAAUUAACAGAUGAAAAUAAAAGUUAACAUGUGGAUGUAAAUGCCAACUCUUAUUUUGAAAAACAUAAAUGUGAGAAUUUUUUAAAUAAAGAAGAACUUUUGCAUUUACAGAU